GGGACGGUCGUUCUUGCUUCAAUGUUUCAUUAACUUUCGUUUUUCUCUGCGUGAUACCAAUCCACCCAAGUAUGUACCUAACUGUUUUAUUUCCCCCCUUCAUUCCUUUCUCCUUCUUUCUCCAUGGCGUGCGCGGUUUUGUUCGGUGUUUUUCUUUCUUUCUUUGAAAAUUGGGGUCCAGGAGUUACGACUGUUGAUUUUUUCUUUCCCUUGCGUUUCCGCUUCCUUUUCUUCUCUCUCUAUCUCUCUCUCGAACUUGGGGGUUGUUGCUUUUCUUUUCCAUACAGAUUUUUUGGUUUACGGUUGGGUUGGUUAAUGUUGCCUCCGGCCCUGGGCCCCGGCCUUUGGAAGGAUGGAUGUUGGAAGAGGGCGGGGAUGAGGGGGGAAGGGGGCGGGGACGGGGGAGGAGUACAUACUGAGAUUGAGUACCUAGAUUUGUUUUGCUGGGUCAUUGCUGGGCACCUAGAGACGGUUGGGUGGAGGGGGAAGUGGAGGAGGAACAUCAGGAGCAUCAGGAGGAGUAUCAGGAGGAGUAUCAGGAGGAGCGAAGUGAAACAGAUGAGGGGCUCGGGAGGAGCGAGGAGCGAUUGUACAUAACUACUACAUACCUAUUCUACUUGCUCUAUUUGCUCUACUUCAGUGUUCACUUGACUGUGGGGCUUGACUGCUCGGAUUGACUGCUCUACAUACUCGUUACUCGUUACUCAUUGCUUG